AUGAACCUAUUUGCCAUUCAGCAAGCUAUCAUCAUAACAAGCCUCAUCCUAUUAUUUAAUCAUGCUUCAGGAAGUAAUGUCUGGCAUCAUUUAGAUGAACAAUUUCCAACCAAUGAAUUUCAUUUAAGAAGAACAAGACAAAACAAUGAUAGGAGUAUUAGCUCAUCCGUUUAUUUAUCAACUAUUAAAAACACGUAUCAGAAACAAGAUGCUUCCUUCCUGUCCUCUAUCAAAUUACUGUAUGGAACUGGCCAUUUGCUAUUCUUCACCCUAAAGGAGAAGAACAUUACAAGAGCUAUUGAUCUGAAUGAUAGGAAAAUAGCUGUAAUUUCUCAUGAGAAUUUUGAAAUGUAUGAUGCUGCUCUACAGUAUUACUCACAGAGGAAUAAUGUAACAAUUAGUCCUCAAUUGGUUCAUCAAUUGGAUUAUCUUUCUAAUGAUUGUGUAUGGGGAGAUCCCAUGAAUUAUUAUGAUGUUCUAGUAACAGAUUUAGAGAGGUUACAAUUUAUCAUCCUCUACACCUCAACAAGCUUUACAAAAAAAGAAAUAGGUCGAUGGAGUGAUUACCAAAUGAUUAGAGAGCUAACUGUACCAACUCUAGUCAAAUAUAUUGAUAGAGGCAUUAGUGACUUUUCUAUCACUCUAAAAAUGGAUUAUUUCAUUAACAACAUGUUAACAAACACAAAGAAAAGUGAUUAUUUUGAUAGUAAUGUCUAUCAGCUACAGUACCUGUAUGGAAAUGGAGGAUUUCUUUCUAAGAAUGAUCAAGAUUUUUUAAAUUUCUACUUUCAAACUGGUCCUUUAAGAUACUAUCAAAAGAAUGAAACUUUUCAAUUCAGUGCGAAAUUUAAUGGAACUUUGAUUCCCCUCAAUAAUGUUUUCUGUUUUCUUCCAGAAGCGUCUUUUCAUUCUGUUUGUGGUGAUAUUUCCUAUUAUAAUUACCUUUUAGGUACCGAGGCAAUUAAUUAUGUUGUGAUUGUUGUUGGAGCUUUAUAUUAUUUGAGCUUACUUACAGUUUGUAAAACCAAUACUAUCAAGAGAAGAUUAUUGACGCCUUACUUGAUUCCAGUUCUUGUCAUGUUCAAUGCAGGUUUCUACUCUAGAUAUACUGACCGUGUAUGCCAUUCAAUGAGAAUGGUAUUCUUACUAGCAAGCAUAGCAUUGUUAGUGGGUGUGUAUGGCGUUACACUAAUGAGAUUCUACUAUUUAAGAAAUUUGUAUUGCAUAUUGAAAAACAUUCCUGAGAGAUUUAUCAAGUUGAAUCGAUUUUUAUCAUCAACUGGAUUUGGAAUUGUAUCUUCACUUGUUUGUGGAUGUGUCUUUGCAACAAUUUCUAUUAUUUAUGUUACUACUUACCAUUUUACAAGAGAACAACUAUUUUCGUAUGGAUCAGAGGUUGUUUUUACAAGCACAUUUAUGGUCUUGUCAUGUGCUUCUUGCCUCUGUGGAAUAAUAGUUUUUGGUAUAGAUAUUAUUGUAAAUUGGAGAAAGAUCAAAGCAAAAGGCAUAAUACACUUUCUAACAUUCGAGGAUCCUUAUCAUGUUCGAUUGGAUAUAUUGACUUAUGUUUGUGUUAUUUUAUGCAUUUUGGCAAUACUCUUUUUUAAUGCUUUCUAUAGAACUACGGAGUCAUACAUGAUUCAGACACUUUUUAGAUCAAUAACCUUUAUGUCAGUUUAUUUCCUGUGUGGCUGGACAGCAAUUAUUAUGGAGUGGAUUAAUUUCUUUAGAAGAAGGAAGAGAGGCCGCUCAACCAAUAAUUCCAGUGUUUCUCCAGAUAAGAGGAGUGAAUCAGGCGAUGAAUCUAUCGAAGAGCUUGUAAAGAUUGAUGCCUUCUUUGAAAUGUUUAAAUCAUUUAGUGAAAAGGAGUUUUCACUCGAGAAUUCCCUACUCUUUGAAAGAUUUAAACAAUUGGAAAGCUCUUCUAUUGGUGGAGAAGCCAUCCCACCUAGAGAGAUUGAAGAUCUUUAUGAUUCAUUCUUUAGGCCCUACGCUAUUUAUGAAGUUAACUUUUCAUAUAAAACAAGGAGGGAUAUUGAAGCCAUUUUUCAGUCCAAGAAGGGCAUUUCAAUCAAUGAUUUGAAAGCCAUUAUUGAAUUUGAUCUAUUGAUGAAUAUGAAAGAUACAUUUGAAAGAUUGAGAAUGACUGGCGAGUUUAAAAGAUGGCAUAUUUCCAAAUCAAUUCAAUCCAUGCAAAGCAUUUAAUAAUUUAACAUUUCUUUGUAAUUUAC